AUGCGGACGCCCGCGCGGGCUCCACCCUUCGCGCGCGCGCCAGUCGCCGGCCGCCGGCCGGUCUGGGCGGGUGUCAGGCCGGUGGCGGUUCGGGCGCAUUGGGCGGAGAUCCGCGCGGGCAGGCGGAUCGGCCGAUCGCGCAUCCAGUGGGGGAGGCCGCAGCCGGGGGCCAGUCUGGGCAGGGCUCCCUGCAGGGCCGCCGCGUCGUGGUCGGACCCGGCGGGGCCCGGCGGGCGGGAGGGUGAUCGGCGGCGCAUUCCGGGAUGGGGGUUGAUUCUGAUGGGUGCUGUGGAGCUCGUUGCGCUAAUGGGGACGGUGGGCGGCGCGGUGGCUGUGCUGGUGGGAUGCGACGCCGCGCUGGGCGUGCUGCCCGUGGUGCUGCCCUUCGUUUCGUUGAUAGCCAGGCAGUGGGGCGAGCGCGCCAGGGCCAAGGUGGACAGGGACCUGCUGGGAGUGUCUGACCAACUGGUUAAGCAGGAGUCGCUCAUCGCAAACACAUCUGACACUGUGGCCAAGCUGCAGAGUGAGAUGUCUGGAAAGUCUGCACGCCGGCUUCUCAUGAUUGAAGGAAAGCUCGGCACGCUGGAAGCAGCACUUCUCAGCACAGGCCAGCGUAUGCGAGAGGCAGUGAGUAGCUUACAAGGCUUGUCCAGAGCCUUCCGCGAUGGGGCACAACUCCAGUAUCAGGCCAGUGUGUAUGGCGUCCGAAGGGAGCUCCAGGAGGCACUGCAACAGUGGACAGCUGCACAGACAGAGGCAGUGCAAGCGCUCAGCAAUCGAAUUCUGUUGCUUGAGGACACUGUUCGUAUGGUUGAGGCGAAUCAAGCAGAUACCUGGGGUGAUGUAUCAGAAGGACUGCGAUCUGUCAUUCGCACCAAGGAAGAUGUGGCCUCCUUGUCCACCUUUGUGGAGAACGAAUUGGCGGGCGUGCUGAACAAGUUUGAGGAUUCACUGGCACAAGUGGCUGUGGGCAGAGAGGGAGCAGCAACUGGCACUGUUUCUAUUGACCCGCAGCAGUGGUCCUCGCUUGGGGUGCGCUUGAGGUACAUAGAGAAUCGAUUGUCAGACCUUACGUUGCAGCUCCAACCAGAAGCAAAGUUGUUGGCAGAAGGUAACUUGACUACCUACGGGGAACCAGAUGACCUUCCUGAUGGCAGCAUGCAGGAUGAAGCCGCUGACAUGGGAGCUGGGCAGACAACUGCUGGGGUGGCAUCUGUGGAGGGGGCCGAUAAUAUGGACAGGGCAAAUUUUGUGCUGGAGGACCUUGCAAGGGAGAUUAGGGCACUCAAGGUUGCUGUUGAGCUCCUCAGGCCUGCCAAACUCUUGAGGGAGCCCCAAACUCAGGAGAUUGAACAGCCUUGUGCAGAAGAUGCGGUGGCUGCAGAGCCACUGACAAAUGAAAAUGGGAGCAAUGGAGAAGCAGGGCCACAGCAAUCAGAUGCCCCACUGCAACGCCCUUUUGCACCUGAGAGUGCGCAAGGGAGUAUGAGUGUUGCUGAUCGCCUCUCUGGCAUCGACUAUCAGAAGCCUCUGGAAACAGAAUCUGUGGCAGAAGGAGUAGCUGAUAAUGAGGAAGAAGGGAGGGAUGUGCAAGGCAACAAUUCAGUGGGAAUGCCUGUGAGAGGAGAAGAUCGACAAAAGAAUGGUGCAGAGAAUGUCAUUGCAGAGCAGCAGUGGGUUCAGCUAGAGCGCAAUGAUGCCUCUGUUUAUGAAGAAGCAGAAGUCGCUCAAGACAGGGUGGAAGGAUUCUUCAGUGUGGGUUCAGUCAGUGAACAGUCGGUCCCUCGAUAUGCUGAUGGCUCCUUGCCACAAGGUGAUGAUGAUAGGUUUUUGCCUGCAUUUGGGGCUGACUAUCCUGAUGACCCCCCCAGGUGGCUUAAUGGGGACAGGCCUAAUGAAAGUGAGUAUUUGGUCCCUGAGCCACCAGCCCCAUGGUACUCAGAAAACUAUGACAGGAGGGCAAAUUAUGAUGCGGAUUACCCUGUGGCAUCCACGACAUCGAGUUGGACGACCAGCUCUCAACAAGUGGAGAACAGCAGUGCCGGUGUAUCGUACAGCAGUGAUCAGUACAUGGACACGACAGGAGGAGUUGGUGGUGGCUUUCCCAGAGACGGGUACAGGAGCUCCCAAAAGGGUGCAAUGAGAAACGAAAGUGCUGGUAUGGGACCCAUCGGGUCAUCAACAGCCGCUGAGGGUAUUGGCAGCAAGGUUGACCUUGAAGACUCUGUUGACAGAACCAGAGGUGAUGCCCCCUCCACAAGGAUACCUGACAGUGGAGUCGCCGAUGGCCUAGCCCAGUUGAAAGAGGGUCGAGCGGCAAUGCAAUAUGAUCUUGGGACAGCACACCAGCUUCUGUGCAGUGCACUUGGCUACUUUGAAGAUGUCCUGCAGGCCACCCCUGAAGACCGCAUUGCACUGGGCAACAGUGGUAACACCCUGCUUGCACUGGGAGACCUGAAGAUAAAGAUGGCAGAGGCGAUGACGAGCAAGGGGUCAAUGGAGUCUGGGAAGCAGGCUAUGCAGGAAGCAGAUGAGAUCCUGACGCUGGCAGGCCAGCGUUUCCGUCAGCUUUUGAUGCUUGACAAGGAAGAUCAACGGGCAUACAUGAACUGGGGGAAAGCACUUUGUACCCGUGCACAGCUGGCGGACAGUCCUGAACUGUCAGACAAGCUGUAUGCUGCAGCCAUUGCAAAGUACAGCCAGGUGUUGUCUCUGUCACCAGACUCUGCUUCGGCCUUCCUUGCUUCUGGCGUUGCUCAUCGGGACUGGGCAUCGACCAAGUCGGCCCGCAGUCCUGAGGCUGGCAUCCUGGCAGAAAGAGCUGCACACGAUCUCAAGCGUGUCGCCGGGCUAGAAUGUCCCGAGGCUGUGAAGAGAGCAGCUGCUCAGGCUCUGGAAGACAUUCCCGCCAUCGAGACCCCAGGAGCGCCACCAAGGGCCCCACAGUAG